UGCACGUGCAGGAGACCCAUUAUAGCACUCGCUCUUUCGCCGUGUGGAGGAAGGUACUCACAAGUUUUUUCAUUCACCGCUUUUUACCUUUUCUUGGCUUGUCCUUCCACGAACGAGAGUGUUGUAGAUUUUCCAUUUGUCAACAUUCAUGGAGAUCUAUGACCGAUGACCUCAACAUGGAAACAAGUAGCAGUAUAGCUUUUUUUAUGGGUGUGAGAAUGACACAGCACAAAGAGCGAUAGACAAGCAAAAACUAUUCAGCAUUUCUUGUAUCAUAGUCAUAGUCAUGUCCGUCGGUGGAUCAUCAUGUGGACCAUAACAAUGAAAGGAAAACAUUUAGAUUUACCCUCCACCUCACGAAGUCCCUAUCUACAACUACUCACAGCAGACUGGUGCCUCUUGGUCGUAUUGCUGUCGAAUUUUUGGAAAUUCGGAGGAAGGCUAGCUUAUUUUCCAAGAAACAAGAGCACACGCUUCGGCUUCUCCGAAAUUUCGCAAUUGCGCUUUUCCUUUUCGGUUUCCAAAGCAGCAGCGCAGCGUCAUCCAGUUGCAAUCAAACGUGGGGACGAAUAAAUAAUAACCCAGUCGACGUUCAUCGAAGAUAUCUCGUUUUUUGUUUUUCGUACCAUCCGCAGCCCCAACACCAAGACCAAACAUCAACUAGAACUACAAUUCAUUCCUCUCCUUCUCAAACUCAAAAACUACGAAAAUCAUGGUGGACACGGUCACAGAUGCGAAGGACGAGGUGGUCCUUCUUCUUGCGGACCUCUGUGUGGACCACACAGUUGCGCCACUCCUUGUUGACGAUUCUAGGAAGCUGACUGGUGUGGGGCGCGAAGACAUGGAUGAUCCCGAAGCCAAAUAUGAAUCGGUGAGAACGCUAUCUGUGUUUCAAAAAUUUCUCAAGAGUGAGCAGUUUCUUCCUGCAUUUCACAGCAGCGAUUCGUUGCCUACUUGAACAAGAGCAGGAGAUUCUGAGAAUCAAAUUAUAGUUCUUGCUUUUAAGUAGGUACUUUUGUCAACGAGAAGUUAGAGUUACUAUCUAUGAAUAUCAAAGAACUCUACCUCGUUAUUCUGGAUUAGGUUUCCACCUCUUCGGUCUCACUUGCGAACUCGGAAUGCAGAGAUGUGGAACCCAACGAAGUUAUUUCGAGCUCCGAAGGAAAAAAAUCGAAGGCGAGCAAAAGCAAGACGAGGUACUUUCUAACAUUGUGGUAUUAAUAAUAUAUUUGUCAUCAUUCUGCUCGACCUUGUGAUUGUGGUUAUCGUUCUCUUCGGUACUAGUAUCGCACUCGUAUUGCCACGGCUGUCUUUCACGCAAUAUCAGCAACUUUUCGUUCUUGAUUCUUCUGUUCUUAAGAAUCACAAUCAAUUGGAAUCUUUUCUAGAAGUCAUCUAAAAAAACUAAAUCCAUCUUCCACAGCAGGACCUUCACAUGCUUUCAAUUAUCGCGAUAUCCGGGACGCACUCUUCAGAAGCAGUCUUUUUUUUCGGUGGCGGGUCUGUUCUACGUGUUCUUUUUUUUGGAGUUCGCGAAUGUCCAGUCUCGCAUGCGCCGUGAGUUAUUACGGGGCGACGGUGAUCGUGAUACGGAUGUAGAUGAAAAUGAAGCAUUGAGUGCUUUCGCUGAAGUGGAGGAGGAACAGAAUCAGGAUCGCCGGUUUUUCGAUAUUUUUGUCAAUCAGGAUCAGCGUUUUAUCGGGAACGUGACAUCAUUUCUGCAAGUGGAUACUUCUACGCUGGGCGCGGAAGCAGGCGGUACGACUCAUUUGGAAAGAUGAUCUACUUGUUGUUCAACUUGGUAGUUCGCCUAAUAUUGAUAAUUCCGAUUCGGCUAGAGCGAGGGACGAGAAGCAGCGCAGCUGUGGCAGGACCUGCUCUGGGGCUGGCAGCAUGCGCCACGCAGGAUGGACGCGUCAGCUGGCGGCGCGCGUUGUAGUUCUUGUCUCAGGCACUGCGUCUUUCGGGGGUUAUUCGUUGGGCUCGGCUUUGGUUGCGUGUGUGCUGCAGAUUUCUCGGCUCCUGCCCAUGCUUGGAUCCAUGACUGGAUCCAUGUGGGAUGGUCAGAAAAGUGCCACUUUUCAAAAACCAGCGGCGCCGUUUUUUCAUGCUCAAAAUCGGCCACGAUCAUGAGUAGCGAGCAGUCGCCUAGCCGCCCGGUGUGGCUGUUUUUGGCUACACAUGACUGAGCCCAUGACUGUACCCAUGCGGAUGACCUGAAAAGUGCGCGCGUUCUGAUUUUUCAGGAAGCAAAAAAAUCAGGCCGGAAAGCGCUACGAACAUAGGAAGCGGGCGCAACCACAUCGAAAGGAGAAGACGAGAGGGAGCGGGCGCCUGCGAUGCCUCGUCUUCUUCCGUGUCUGCAAGGGGUAGGCCUAGGCGCUGCCGAGGGUCUGGCUGGCUGUGUCUCACUCUCUUGCCAAGGCGUUAAUGAGAAGCUGGCGCGGACCCCUUUCAGAUGUAGCACUAGCACUGGCGUCGCCUGCAGAGGGCUCCAAGUCUGAGCGGCUCGCGCUCUCUUUCUAGGCUAGGUAGAUCAGUCACGAGAUGGCCACGAAUCAACGCGAAUCGCCUGACUCGUGGCAGAAGUUAGCAGGCUGCCGCAGCGGUGCCGUUUAUGCUGGCGCCGUGCGGCGUACUCUGAUGGGGACAAGUGGGCUCUUCUUGUUCGCAAAGUCGUCCCAAGUGGAUUGAUUUGGGGGCGCUUCUUUCUUUGCCGGAGCAUGUUAGAGCCCCCCCAGCGGUUGCGUUUUGCGCUUUAACUCGUGCCGUAGCUCGGACUAAACUCGUGGCGCAUGUUCAGGCCCGCUUUUGUUGCUAAGUGUGGGGGAAAACUUUCCUGGGGGCAUUUCUGGACGACUGAAAACGCGGAGAAAGGGCCUGGCUGCGUGGCAAGUGUUUCGCUUUUGUGCAAGUGUGGGGGGCAUGGGUGAAAACGCCCAAAAUCUGGGGACAUUCUUUCCAAGCGAAAGACUGCGAAACCCAAGCGCCGCCGUGGUGGUGGUCUUUUGUUCGCUUAUGGGUCCAGCUUUUCACCCUUUGGCCUCUUAUCUUUGUGCUUGCUUCGCUCUGGCUACUAAGCCCGGCCACGCUCGCCCGGCCGCGCGCCCCAGCUUCCGCUUCGCUAGCUGAUGCGAACACAAGCCAAGCGAAGGCCGAUCAGUUCAGACGAAAGCGAAGCGGCGCGGGGCUUCGAGCCCCGCCGAACCUGGAGCAAGAAUGAAGAGAAUGGGACCCGCCUGGGCAGGGCUCGGGCUGGCGCUCACCUGAGGCCAUUUGGAUUAGCUCAGGCAAGCCGAGACGAGUGGCGUGGAGGUAACAGAACGCGCCGCGACUCGACUCCCCUCGCCCGCUCGCCCUCGGGCUCGGCUACCAAACCACAGCCACAGCCAUCGCCAUGCCACGCCCCUGCCGCUGCCUAGUCUUAAGCACUUGGUUCGAAUCCUGGAGGGGACUCGACUGGCAGGGAGGCGGCCCUCAGGCUGGUUGCCGCCCCACACCCAGGGGAGAGACAAACGGGGACCGCGCUGGGCCAGACAGUGCGGGGAGAUGAGACCCAAGGGGAGCCCUCUGAGCAGCUGACGGCACCGCGCCCACGCGGUCCAUCGUGUGGCUCACAACCCUGGCCACAACUGGACGGCGCCAGCUCAUCUGAUGAGUAGCCGGGCUGGGUGAUGCAUAAACACAAGGGGCGCCACCUGGGCAAGGCCUCAGGGUCAGGGGCUGGCUGCGUGGUGUCCAGAGGGGAACCCUCUGCACCCGAAGCGCCAGCAGGUCGCGGCCAGGCGACCGCCCUCCCCAGAUCGGGGAGGUUCCUCUCUCUCUCUCUCUCUCUCUCUCUCACUUGGCUCAGCUCUUCCCGCGGGUUCCGCGUCUUCUCUCGAGGGUAAAGCGGUAGGCACGCUGCGCGCUCUGGCGAUUGUGUAGCGGUUGCCUCCUCCGCUGCCUUGCGCUCUGCUUCUGUACUGUUGUGCUCUGUUGUUCUUAUCUUAUGGCAGAGCCAGCGGGCGGGCGCGCGCGGUGUCCGAGUCUGUGCCGUCUGGUCUCCUCUCGAGUUCAGGUUAGCAAUCUUCUCUAGAUCUAGUCUGUCUCUGCUCUUUUCUAGUGUUGGCCUUCGGUUCUGCGACUAGCUCGCUCCGCUAUGCCUACUGCGCUCGCACUGUACACAAGGCAUUGCUUUGCAUAACAUGACGACCGCCAGCACCACUCCAAACCCAUCCCGCCCCAGCGGGAGGGGAUUGAUUUGCAUAGCAGUCAAACGACCCGCAGAGAGGAGGCUGGGGCGGAUAUGAUAGCAAAAGCAAUCUUCAGGGGGGCGGCGUGGGGACUCGUCUCGUCUGGGCUGAUCUCGUGCUGGCCUUUCUCAGCUCAAGCGAUGCCAGCCCCCCGCUGUUGUUGUGUCGUAGCUAGACUAGUGCGCGGCGCUGGGCCAGGUCCGGCGCGCCUGUUGGCAUGCCCUGAGUUGGGUUGAGAUUGAGCCGCGGCCAGUUCUGAUCUGUGGCCUACUCUUCUCCGCUCUAGUCUUGUCCCCUUCUGUUCUACUCUGCGUCUACUCAGCUGUCGCGCUAAGUGGACUGGACUGAUCUGAUUCCUACCCCUUGUUUUGUCAAUUUAAUGCCCUGGGCCAGGCCUAGGGCUGGCACUGUCUAGCGUAGCCCGAAGCUACAGAAAAGCUGCGGCCUGUUGCCAAGCCAUAAGAUCAUCAGCAGACGCCGCCGCGCGCGCCAGCUGGCAACCUGGCCAGCCCCUUGCGUUGCUCUUGCUGUUGCUUUCGCUUUCUAACAGACACGCCAGGCCAGGCCCCUGCGCUCUGACUGGCAGGCCGGAGCCAUGUGGUUGCCUGUCCUUGCGCUCUAGCUGAGACGCCAGGGCCUUGCUCUUGUGCUGCAACUGGCAGACCAGACCGGCGGGCGCGGCUCUAGCUUGUCUCCCUCGCGCUUCGGCAGUUGUUAGGGCUACCAAACGAGGCACGCACGCGGCCCGACAUCACGGGCACGCGCAUGCGACGCCCGGUCGCAUCCUUGCGCCUCUGUGGGGAAAGGCAAGGGGCCGCAGGGGCAUGCCUAUGCCUAUCCCUGCGCAGAGGGCUGCCCUUGCCUUGGCUAGCCGCGUUUUUUAAGAGGAAGAGCAGCGCUGGGGCUUGGUUCUCCGGCGCAACUGUGACAAGACACGAGAGGGCUGAGGAGGUCCAGCGUUCUCGUUCUGCUUUCUGCUCGGCCCCCACUCCUCUCCGCGUGUGUGGUGAUGCACGGGGCCGGGCAAAUCAAAGCAAUGAGACCAAGCCCAGGGCAGCGCCAGACCAGAGGCCGCGCCGGGGCUGAAUUCUGGACAGUGUGCGCAGUGCUUACUAUAAGCCCGGCCCUUCAGCGCCCACGCGCUUGCGUGUGUUCUGUUGUGGUGCGUGGGGUGAAGCAAUGAGACCAAGCCCAGGGCGGCGCCAGGCCAGAGGCUGCGCCGAAGCCGAGGCCUGGGCAGUAUGUGGAAAGCUCACGACGCGCCUGGUUCUUCAGCGCCCACCCAAGCGCCUGCCUGUGUUCUGUUGCGUUGCGCGGGGCAAGUCAACGAGAUCAAGCACAGGAGCAGGACAGCGCCAGGCCAGAGGCUGCGCCGAAGCCGAAUCCUGGGCAGUAUGUGCAAGGCUUGCAAGGGCUUGGCUCUUCAGCGUCCACACGCUUGCGCUGACCUGGGGCCCGGCUCUUCGACGCAACUGCGACAAGCAGACGCGAGAGGGCUGAGGGGGUCGGGCGUUCUCGUUCUGCUUUCUGCUCGGCCUCCACUCCUCUCUGGGUGUGUUAUGAUGAACGGGCCGGGGCCGGGUAAAUCAAAGCAAUGAGACCAAGCCCAGGGCAGCGCCAGGCCGCAGGCUGCGCCGAGGCCGAACUUUGGCCAGUAUAUACAAGGCCCACGAUGAGCCUGGUCCCUCCGCGCCCACGCGCUUGCGUGUGUAGUGUUCUGUUGUUGUGCGCGGGGUAGACGUAGAUCAAUGAAAUCAAGCCCAGGGCAGCGCCAGGCCAGAGGCAGCGCCGAAGCCGAAUCCCGGGCAGUAUGUAGCGCACAGGGUAACGCUGAGGCUUGUAAUAAGCCUGGCCCUUCAGCGUCCAGGUCCACAGGCUUGCGCUGAAGUUGGGGAACAGGCUGGGGCUGAGGUGAGCGGAGAGGGGGCGAGAGGUCAAGUGAACACAACACCAACAGGAACAGGGGCCACGCCACAGCUCUGGCUCUCGUGCGUUCUGCUCAGGUCAGUGCUAGUCCUUGGCUUGCAGUGUCCAGGCUCACUCCCAAACCUGUGCGGAAUAUUCGACGCAGCUCCACGACGAGGCUCCGGCGAUUGAAGUUGUAAGCGUGACAAUUGGCGUCGAGCGUCUCGCAGUCGUGCGACCGGUGAACUGGGUGGCAGAAAGUGAGGCCUUCUGCAGAAGGGCCCACUCCUAGCAACAGGCACCCACGGGGGUGCCCUUUGUGAUUGUGAGGGGCCCACUUGUUGACCUCGCCGGGAUGGAUGAAGAAAGAUGCCAGAAAGUCCUCAGAAAAACAAGCGAAAAACUUGAAAACUCUGAAGGUGUGCACCUUGCAAAAAUGACAGCCAAGGAGGGCACCACGAUAAGGCGCAGGCUGGUGGCCUCAUCGGUUUCCGAGAUGUGGAGAGAGUGAGAGGGGGUCGGUGGUGGUUUGAAGAUCUCCAACAGGUCAGAGGAGUCCUGCAGGUGGUGUCGCCCGAUAGGUGGAGAGAUGGGCAGCAGGCCUCGGGGUUCGAGGUCCUGCAGACAGUUUAGCCAUGGGAAUGGUGUCAGGAGAGAGAAAAGGAAGAAGAAAAAGACGGGGGAAAAAAGGGACCAAAAAAGAGAGGGAGAGAGAGGGGCGCAGGGUCUUCGGUCUCAGGUGGUAGGUGGAUGGUAGGUCGGUCAGCUGAGAGAGCCUGGAUGGACAGAAGCAGACCACAAAAGGGGGACAAAAAAGGACAACAAGAACAAGGCCAAAAAGGAAGCCACAAAACGGCGAGGCCGCGCGCCUCCCUUGGGGCUUUUUGAUCGUCUGGAGCUAGUUGAUUAGAUAAGUGAAACAGUAGAGCACAGGAAUAAGCUGAAACAUUUGAAAACGAUGCGGCGCGACCGGUCCACCCUCUUGGCGGUUUGCUAGUCUUCUGGGCGUCUUCGUGAUUCUUCCAGGGGAGCGAGCCGGCCGAAGUUCGGAACACAGCCAGCGGCCGGACGGCCAGGCCGUUCGCCAGCAGCGCCACAAUGAAAGGCGGAACAGCUGCCAAUAUGUGUCCAGCUGGUGGCAUCGUGGGCCCUCGCGGGUUCGUCGCCUCGUUGCUUGUAGUGGUUGUGGGCCUUUUGGGCUCCUUGGGUCUGCCUCUUGCGGCCAUGGAGCUAGGUGGAAGCAGUUCCAGCACAGACGCCAGCGGGAGUCUGUUCGCCCUUGAGCCUCUGGGCAGUGAUGUCCGCGCAUUCUUCGACUCGAAAGACCAGCCGCAUCCUCGCAGGCUGUGGAAGCUUUGAAGCAUUCCAGUGGACGUAGCAAGAGACGCGGCACAAACCCGAGCAAAGAGCAACAGGAUUAACGUAGUCCAAUACAGAGCGGAAUCCGACGGAACAACCACCCAGCGGCUGCACUUCCAGAGUGAUGCUGUAGGUAGAUUGAGAAUCUUCGCGCAUCAGAUAGCAUCGCUCGCAGCAGUACAGUUCACUGCUGCAGGGGUGAACGGUGUCGGGUCAUGGUUCCUACCAGCGCGCACGGUGCUGCACCCGAACGGCGCGCAGUUUGGUGAAGGAAAGAAGAGCGGGAAGAGCUGCUUCCGCGGAUACUCAGAGGCGUACGAGAUCGCAGACCAGACCUGGGCAACACAUGACCCCGAGGCGUUCUUCCGUGAGAUUCCUGACUCUACUAUAAAGAUCCUCAGCCCGUCGGCGGAUAGUGGAGGAAGCACCAUCAGCGUGCUGCUCUAUCUUGGCAAGCUUCUCAUCGACUCGGCUGAACUAGCAUCGCGCGCCAUCUUCUGGCCUGACAGAUGUAAAAACCAUCGGGCAGCCCUUGUCUGCAAGUCCACCGCCGGGCCCUACCUUAGUCUCGUAGGACUCGACCCAAAAACAUGGCGGAAACGGCUCCGCUUACAGGUAUGCGCACCCUCUGGGCUUUUCUAGCUCGCUCAUUUUCAAGGGGCACCGGGGUAGGCCUUCCCACCUUCUAAAACUACUCCACUCAGCCAAAGAAGUGCAUCGCCUUGAUGGGCAUCAGUUCCCCGGUGCGUUCAGUUUUUCUUUUCAGUAGAUGGAUAGCAGCCCCGAGCACCAUGACCGUCGUAGCCUAUUAGGGGAGUGUCUGCACCCUUGAACCGUAUGGGCAUAGUUAUCCAAUUGCACUUCGCCGCCCAAUAUCUCCAAACCAAUCAAAACACACGCCAGGCCCUGUCGGUGCGGCCGGCUUCUGCAACAGAAGACACAAAGCCAGCUGGAGAGUGUAUCGCAAUGGGUGA